AUGGACCUUGCCACUUCGUGUUAUGACGGUUACAAUCCGGGCCGUCGCAUCUACGUGUCUGGAUUCUGCACAAGCCUCCAGUCCUACGCUGCCAUCGUCUCAAUACCUGCCAGAAUGAAAGCGACAGGUCACAUGAACAUCACGGGGACUAGGCCGAACGCUUUCCCUCGACUCAUCGAUCCGGCCCUGGAAAUCAGAGCCGCGAUUCUCUUGCGUGGUGUGUGCCAGCCGCUCCGCUAUGGCUACCCCUUCCAUCUCCGGAUGGCAUCUCCGCCUCCUAGCCCCCUUCCGUACGGUGGACGGGAAUCCCACCCACCGCUGUUUCCGCUCCACCCUACGUUUUCGUCCAACUCUCUUGCCGCUUUUGUAGGCCAUUCUCUUAGCCCCCUACGCCCCCUGACAAAGCCGGCGCUUCUAAGUGCGACCAAUGGGCCCACCCAUGAUCCACCCCCACCACCCAUGGACCCUUGA